AUGGCCCAUUCAGAUAAUAGCGACCUGGAUCCAUCAUGGCAGGAUCUCGACCGUGCCAUUGGGCAGAUCCUCAUCAUGGGCUGGGAUGGCACUGAAGUCACGCCCCAGAUCAGGACCCUUAUUGAGGACCACCACCUUGGGUCUAUCAUUCUUACUGCCAAAAACCUAAAAUCUGCUCAGCAGACUGCUGAACUAGUCCAAGAGUUACAGACCAUUGCAAAGAAUGCUGGUCACUUACAACCUCUUCUCAUUGCCCUCGACCAAGAGAAUGGAGGUGUCAACAGUCUUUUUGACGAGGACUAUGUCUGUCAAUUCCCUAGCGCUAUGGGUAUUGCGGCUACUGGCCGAGCCGACCUAGCGUAUGAGGUCACCAAGGCUACUGCAACUGAGAUCUCGGCAUGUGGUGUCAACCUGAUGCUGGGUCCUGUCCUUGACGUUCUUAACAAUGCUCGAUAUCAACCAUUGGGAGUACGCGCUACCGGCGAUGACCCCCAAGAAGUUUCUCAGUAUGGCCUUGCUGCUCUAAGAGGAAUUCGUGAUGCAGGAAUAGCCUCCUGCGGAAAGCAUUUUCCAUCAUACGGAAACCUGAACUUCCUUGGCUCAAACCUAGAUGUGCCUAUCAUUACUCAAACUCUAGAGGAGUUGAGUAUCAGCGCUCUCGUCCCAUUUCGCAAUGCUGUUGCGUCGGGUAAAUUGGAUGCCAUGUUUGUGGGAGGUUGUGGUAUAUCCAACCCAUCUAUGAACGUCAGUCAUGCUUGUCUCUCUGAACAAGUUGUGGACGAACUGUUACGAGAUGAGCUCGGAUUCAACGGCGUUGCGAUCUCAGAAUGCUUGGAGAUGGAGGCCCUCAGCCACGAGCUUGGUGUCCAAAACGGCGUUAUUAUGGCUGUUGAGGCAGGCUGUGACCUUGUCCUCCUAUGUCGUGCCUACGAGGUCCAGCUUGAAGCUAUCAAGGGCCUCAAACUGGGCUAUGAGAACGGAAUCGUCAGUAAAGAGAGAAUCUUUACGUCUUUGAGAAGGGUACUCAACCUAAAAUCGACAUGUACCUCAUGGGAAAAGGCCCUGAACCCCCCAGGCAUUUCUCUUCUUUCCCAGCUUCAUCCAUCUCACCUUGCGCUGUCACUCCGCGCCUAUGACGACUCAAUAACAAUCAUUCGAGACAAGGAGAAGCUCAUUCCGCUCACAGCAUCUAUGCACCCAGGAGAAGAGCUCCUAUUGCUGACACCCUUAGUCAAACCACUUCCUGCAUCUUCUCUCACAAAGAAACUACUCGCUGCUAAGGAUGGCCAAAGUCAAGCAGAAGGCCCGCACGAGAUGUGGACACAUAAUGAUGGCCGCGACCGCCGCGCAAUUCUAAGCGGAGAGGGUGUCUUUCGAGAGUUCGGCAAGUCACUUGCCAGAGCUCGUAAUGAGAAACUGCUCCACACCAGCUAUACGGCUAAUGGAGUUCGUCCAGGUAUACAUGAAAACCUCAUUCACAGAGCCUCUUGCAUCAUCAUUGUCACCGCUGAUGCCAAUCGAAACCUAUACCAAGCUGGCUUUACCAAACACGUUGACAUGAUGUGUUCCAUGCUGCGCACUAGAGGCCAGAAGAAGCAACUGAUUGUAGUCGCGGUCAGCUCUCCCUAUGAUUUUGCUAUGGACAAAUCAAUUGGUACAUAUGUCUGUACCUUUGACUUCACCGAGAGCGCUUUGCAUGCCCUUGCGAGGACACUGGUGGGAGAGAUUGCACCACUUGGUACACUUCCGGGAACGUUGCGGAAGAGCAAAAAGGUGGUCAAAUCGAGACAACACUGGCUGGUGGAGGAGUAUAGCUCCGGGCGUGACGCAUCAGGGUUGAACGACCUUCUUCGAGCUGUCCACCGAGCAAGCGCACCAGAUCUGCAGUUCUUACGUGCAACGACAGCUGCGUCCUUCCAACUGAACAACCCUAACAUUGUCGAGUCGCACUUUGUUGUCAGAAACAGUAGCACAAACGCUUUGUAUGGCUUUGCUGCUACUUAUUAUGUUCACGGGGUCGGUAUCCUGGGCGGCGUCUUUGUUGAGCCUACCAAACGUGAUGUGUCUAUCGGAAGGUCUCUUCAUCGACGAGCACUCAGGAGCCUUGUGCAGCACCGAGGAAUCAAGCAAGUGCAGAUUGGCUCGUCGUUCCCCGGUGUCUUCCUUGGCAUCCCUGUUGAUGUCGAGGUAAACACAAUUAAAGAAUGGUUCACAACCAGCGGCUGGGAUGUUCAGUUUCUCCGCCGCGUUUCAAACAUGAUUAUUCAAGACCUAACAAACUGGUCCGCUCCUGAGGGCUUAUCUCAAAGCAUCCAAAGAGUGGGUAUAAGUUUUGAUCUAAUCCACGAUUUAGAUCAUGCGGAUGGCGUGCUGAGCCAUGUACGUAACCACGCAAGCCCAGAGGUUUUGGAACUGUAUCGCCAUGCAUUGUCAGAAACGAAGUUGAGCGGGAUCGUCCGAGCCAAAGAUGCUUCAGGUAAUCUACUGGGCACAGUGAUUGUUUGCAAUCCGCAUAGCCAUUUGGAAACUCACUUUCCGUCUUUGAAGUCCCGCUCUGAGCACAUCAGCGGUAUCCUCGCUCCAGUUGUAUCCUCUAUGCCACUGGCAACUCUUACUUUGCAGGGCCUGGCGUUUAUGGGCGUUCGUCAAGCCAGGAAUCACAAAGCGACGAAGGCUGUAUUGGGAUCGGUUGUGGAUGAUGGCACCGAGUCUUUGACAGCCAUGGGCUUUGAGACACUCCAAGCGUUCGAGGAGAUCACCAACUCUCCAGAGAAUUUGUGA